CAAAUUGUGAAUGUAGUGAAACAGUUCUCAAAUUUUGGAGUGGAAUUUAUAUUGCAUAUCUGUAUAUGAUUUUCUAAAUAUAUGGUCACGUGACAAAACAUCUUCUCUUGCACUCUCCUUAAUGUCACCAAAAAAAAAACAUUUUAAAUGAAUACGAUGGAACACAAUUUUAUGCUUUGUCCUUAACACAGCGUUAGUAUACAUAAAGAAGAAAAAGAAUACUUCACCCAGAUGCCUCCAGAUCUCGGAGUAACUGAUUUUGGGUUGCUCCCCCGGGAUCGAUACCCCUUGGUGGCUGUGCUGACACUUGCCAAUCCAGAAACCAGGGACAACUACAAUAUUGUGGCCAGUGUGACAGUGCUCCACGUUCCUGAUGUCAAAUACAGACUCUCUGUGAGAAUCUUGUUUCAGUAUCUUCUCACGGCACAUGGGAAUUUGUACGAUCUGAAGCCUCUCUUCAUGUCAGCAGACAACAGCAACUUGUCUGGAACCACAGAGCCUUCAACUAGCACGCAAGGGGCGGAGCCACAGCCCGAAAGGCCAGGUGAGAAGGGGGAGGAGUCUGAUGCAGAAGGGGAGUGGCCUGAUACCCAAGGCAGGGACUGUGUGGUGUGUCAAAAUGCACCUAUAAACAGAGUGCUGUUGCCAUGCAGACAUGCAUGCGUAUGCGACGGCUGCGUGUGCCACUUCCAGCACUGUCCGAUCUGCCGAGCGUUUGUCCUUGAAUCUUUUGCUCUGGCUAACCGACCAGCUCACGAUGAGGACUUAACAGAAGACUAAGCCUGUGUAAACUCAGUAUUAAAAGCAAGCCUUUGCUGGAAAUGCUAAACUCGAAAAGGAAACGUAGCAUCUUCAAGAUAAAGGGUUGCAGGCAGCUGACCUUUAACCCCCACGUAUGGAUACUUCUAGAAUUAUGUCAGUUUUAGGCUUUUGAAGUCGAGUGUGCUUGUAAGAUUUGUUUAAUAUAGAGAUUUUAAGUUGAAUAGGAUAUUUAUUUAUUUUUGUCAAUAUAUUGGUUUAACUAACAAAUAUACAUUUCAGAAGGAAUCAUUGUGGAGUUUUGGAGAGAUACAGUGGGAGGUUAUCUUAUUUCUUUAAUCAUUGACUUUAAUGAUGUGGAAAAGCAGGCCAGGCACACACAGUUUAUAUAACGGAUCACACAGAUUUCUAGAUCCGUAUCAUCUUACAAGUCUACACUUGGCCAACAGGGGGCUAAACAAUGCAUUAACUGAAUAGCUGAAGUCACUUGAUGGUAGUCUUGGAAAUGGAUCAUCAGAAUGCCUUAAAAUAUUGAUUAAAAAAAAAACUAUUGCAGUAAAAAAA